ACAGUGUGCGGACGGUGCGUGGUGAGACGCCUGGCGCUGGUGAGCGGAACCGGGGUGCGAUGGACUACGCCGGCCUGCUGUCGCAGAAGCGGGCGGAAGAGAGCCGCUUCCGGUCCGGGUGGGACCCGAUCGGCUCGCCCUCGGGCCUGAGCCGCUCUCGUGUGGGCAGCCAGUACCUGGGCGGCAGCAGCCUCAUGUCGGCCGAGUCAGCCCUGCAGCGGCUGGACAGCUACAGCGGGGGCUCCACCAGCUUCGGCGGAGGGCUCGACAGCUACGGCGCGGGCUCAACCGGUUACGGCGUAGGCUCCAGCAGCUUCGGUGGCGGCCUUGUCACCGGCGGUGGUGGCAUGUCCACAUCUGGCCCGUCCAUGCCUGGAAACGCCGGCGACCCUGGAGCGGCCCGCCGCCAGAUGCAGGAGAACUACAGGCGCGACCUCAUGAAGCAGGCCGAGGAGGACAGGGCCAGGAAGCUAGCCGACCGGCAGAGGGAGCAGCAGCACCCAUUGGCCAAGGAGACCGGCCCAGUAUCUACCAUAUAUCGCCCCAGCUUUCUGGACGCGCAGCCCAGCAACGGCAGGAGGAAAAGUGUGGUUAACGCGUACGGUGAUGACCUGGCGCAGCAGAUUGAGGACCGUCGCCAGCGGCAGGAGCGGGACAGGAACAACCUGCUUAUGUACAACCAGCAGCAGAAUGAGCAGACUGGCCUCAGGUUCGGUGACAACGGCGGCAACGCCCGGGGGCGACGACCCCACGUUUCUGAGACCUGGGACCGUGAGGCAGGCACCGUGCAAGCCGAGCUGCAGCAGCAGAUCGCCGACAAGAAGCAGCGCGAGAUGGAGCGCAAGCGGCGCGAGGCCGAGGAGGACGCGCAGCUUAACGCCCGGCUGGAGGAGCAGCAGCGCAAGGUGCGCGAGGACCUGGCGCGCGAACAGGAGGCGCGCGAGCAGAAGGAACGCAACCGCCUGGAGCGGCAGCGGCUGAUCGAGGAGCAGCAGCGGCGCUCGCAGGAGGAGGCGGAGAACAUGCGCCGCGCGGCCAGGGAUCUGCGUGCCGGCCAGACUGCCGCCACCACCACCAACGAGUGGGACUCCUGGGGCAGCGAUCGCCCAGCAGGGACUCAGAAUCCAGAGCCACCUCUGGAGGACCUGUGGCCUAAGGAGGAAGUCUACAAGCCGCCGUCUCCUCCGCCUCCGCCGCCAGUAGAAAGCAAGCCGAACACACCCCCUCCAGCCAUUCACCCGUCGCAUGACACCUCGGACUUGGCGAUUGGCUUCGAGCUGGAGCGCUCGCAGCGCGAGGAGGUGCGGCUCGACUCGCCCGAGCUCGACGACCUGGCCAAGCGGAAUCGUGAGCGCCAGCGCCGCCUCGAGGAGCGCAGGAGGGGCCAGUGA